GUGGAUGUAACGAGUAUAUGUAGUCUGAGAAGCGAUAAAACUAUAAUUCCAUACCUUUUGGAACUCUUUUAAGGCGCUUUCAAAAUCAUCCCACAAGACGAAACGCUUGUUCAGUAUCAUACUUCGAAAGGCAUCGGUUAGGUCGACUGAAAUGUCACUUGAGCAUGAAGCACUAAAAACAGAAAUGACUAAUUAUUAAAAGGUUAUUCCUUGCGACAAUAAUAACCCAAGAAAAUACUACAAAUACUUAGGAUUUACCUGUGACUUGACAUUUCGUUGAGCUUUACUACAGUUGUUGGGAUCAAAGAUCAAAUUACAAAGCAACAACAGAGCCAACGUGUACACUACAAAACAGAGAACGCUAAAUUAAUGGUUUUGGUAUUUAUUUCGUGCUUUUUUAUGUAGCAUAACAUGACUUAUAUAUGAAAAAACUUGGUACUCAUGCAAUCCAACCAACCCACGGCAAUUGAAAUACGGAAUGACCGCCUCUAGUCAAGCCGUUCAAGGUCGUUGAAACGAAAGGGCGAGCACAUUUCAAAAGGACCUAACGUUUAAACCUUGCCUUAAACCGUGCAUACAUUAUUGUUCAUCCUAUCAUGUCCAGUAAUAGGAAUGUUGAUGAUGAAUGGGAAACAGAGCCAGAUUUUGUGAACGAUGUAACAGAGAAAGAACAAAGAUGGGGCUCCAAAACUGUUAUUGGUUCUGGCCAUCAAGCUUCCAUAGAUAUGAUGGCGUUAAAAGAAGAAGUGAAACAAGCAGAUCGUUUGGCAAAAUUAAAAAUUGCACCGAAACCAGCUUAUGGAUAUGGUGGCCAAUUCGGAAUUGAAAAAGAUCGAAUGGAUAAGUCAGCAGUAGAUUGGAAUCAUAUUGAAGUGACUGAAAAGCAUACAUCACAAAAAGAUUAUGCAAAGGGAUUUGGUGGUAAAUAUGGUGUUGAACGAGAUCGUCAAGAUAAAUCAUCUGUUGGUUGGGAUCAUAAAGAAGCCGUAGAAAAGCAUUCAUCACAAAAAGAUUAUUCAGUUGGAUUCGGCGGAAAAUUUGGUGUACAAACUGAUCGACAAGACAAGUCAGCCUUGGGUUGGGAUCAUCAUGAACAAUCCAGUCAUCAUCCAUCACAAGUGGACUAUUCCAAAGGAUUUGGUGGUAAAUUUGGUCUACAGACAGAUCGAGUUGAUUCAUCAUCAGUUGGUUGGAAUGAUGUUAAUCAAACAGAAUCGCAUCCAUCACAAAUGAAAGCGCCUAUUUUCAAACCAGACGGUAGUUUAAGUAAUAUACGUGCACGAUUUGAACAGGGAAUUAAUCCGAAUAAUGUAAAGGAUUCAUCUGGUUUAACUGUCGCUCAACAACGCGUUCUUGAAGAACAAACUCGAUGGAAUGCUGAACGUAAACAACAACAGCAACAACGCGAACAACAGGAAGAUGAAGAACAAUCCAGAGGAAAGUCAGGAUCAUCUGAUACAGUUAAAUCGGUAACAAAUAAUUCUGUUUUUACUGAUACUAUUAAACCAACUAACAAUAAUACCAUUCAUGAUCAUAAUUGGAAUAAACAAGUUGACUCUGAAAAUAACAUGAAAUCAUUACAUUCACAGGAAUUUACAACUUUUGUUGAAUCUAAUCAAUUUAAUAAUGAUAAAUAUAAUCAGUUAGAAGAUAAAAAUGAACCAAGAACUUCCAGUGAAAGUCAUGUACAUGAUAACCCUGUCGCCAGUGAUGAUCAAGUUCCUGAAAUGUUUACGGUAACCGCUAUGUAUGAUUAUGAAGCCGCUGAAAAUGAUGAAUUGACAUUUAAAGCUGGUGAAAUAAUUACAGAGGUUGAAAAAAUUGAUGCAGGCUGGUGGAAAGGUGUUUGUCGUAAUAAAGUUGGUCUAUUUCCUGCUAACUAUGUCAAAUUAGAAUGAUUAACGAUAAAGUUAAGGAAUGACUAAUGAAAUUCGUUAAUAAUUGAAUCUUAAUUGUCCACGAUUUCUGUUGCUGUUGUUGUUGUUGUUCUACGAGUCCAGAUAAACAAACCAUCAGAAAACACUCAAUACAUUGAAUUCAUUUUCAGCAUUACAUUUUUGAUAUUCUGUGCUCAAUUUCCAGGAAUCUGUGAAGUGAAUUUUAUAUUCUACAAAACAUUCAACAUAAGUUGAUAUCAGCUUUGUGUAUGUUAGAUGUACUUGAAUUGUUCUCUCUCUUUCAAUUGUCAUAGAUACAAUUCUUAUUUGAUUUAAUGGAAGUUUUCUUCUUUUUUUUUUGAAGAUUUUUUUCAGUUUUUUAUGAUUUGUUUUUGCUAUCCAUAACUUGUAAUCAUGAACUUUCUAUAAUGAUUUUUAUGCAUGGAUGAUUUAAUUUUUCAUGUUUUGUUUCUUUGAAUAGGUGUGUAACUUUUGCCUUGUGUUCUUUUUUUUCCAGAAAUAUAUUUUGCCUACUGAUAAUAUAAAUAAGUAGUUUUCAUUG